UCCUUUUUCCUACUCCAUUCUCUUCAAGAAGAAAGGGAAGAAAGUGUUUUUCUUCAAAUCAAAAGCGGGUUUCCUAGCUGGAGAUCCCGACCCAUCAGAUUGGAUCCGGUUUUUUCAGCGGAACCUAUCGAUGUGGUUAUGAAGUUUGAAGCUGUUCCCAAAUUGGCUGAGCAUGAUGUGCCUUCUGGAAAACUUGGAAUUGCAUCUGAUUUGACUUCCACAAUAUCUUCUACACCAUAUCCAUCUUCUGGCACAAAUCAAGACUUGGUUGGAGAGCCCGGUGCCAAACAAUCUACUGGCUUUGACAAUUAUUACUACCCAGGUUAUGAUGGAUCAUUUACACAAUCUGAUGAUAAGGGCUAUUUUCUUAGUGAUGGUUCACACACGGUUAAUGGAAGUGGACAGUUUGUUGGGUUAGCUGAGAUGGUUGGCAAGGUGAACUUCAAUAAAGAUAUGGAAUUCUGGCAACUGGACAAGUGGAAUGGUUUCUUCCCUCUUAAGUGGCAUGUGAUAAAAGAUAUUCCUAACAAGGAUGUGUUCCACAUAAUCCUAGAAAACAAUGAAAUCAAACCCGUAACGCAUAGUCGGGACACUCAAGAGGUACUUCGGUUUCUUCUUUUGCUCGCCAAUAUUGUUAUGUUCAGUGUUUUAAAAAGCGCGCCUGAGGCGCUAGGCAAGGCGAGACGUUUAGAAGAAAGCCUCCGACCACCAAGGCGGCUGCGAGUACAUGAGGCGGCGAUUCAGUCGUCGGAGGCGGCGAGAGGCGACGAGGCGAUGAGGCGAUGCUUUUAGCGAUUAACAUACAAUGACUCAUUUCAGACAUAUGGAUAUCAGUGUGGUAUGGAUCAAGAACCGUUGAACAUGGAGGUGGGAGCAAGAGGAGGAG